UAAUAACGAUUAUUAUGAUUGUCGUAGUCAUCUUUUCUUAACCCAGUUUGUCGAUCAGUAAUAGAAAAGAUACUAAAACAAGGGCACUGUAUAUUGCACAGGAAGAAGUACGUUCAUAUCCAUGAAGGAGAAAAUUUCGUAAACGUUCGGACCCUCCCCUUCUUAGCGUCAUUACUCUUCCUGAAAUUCGUAGAAGGAGAGUAUUUAAGCAAUUUCAGCUGAAUGUUGCAAUUCAGUAUUCUGCUUCCUAUGACGAGUACACGUACUUAUUUAUUGACGACGAACGCAAGUGAAAGUUCUGAAGGUCAUUCUAGAGCGAAAACAAGAAUAGUAUUCAAUCCCAAUUCUUUCCAUUAUACCCGCCCCACUGCCUCCCAGCCACAAUUCUUGUCCGGCUCUAAUAAGAAAAGGAAACAAAGUGAGCCACAAAGGACGCCAGGCGGAGACGUCCUCCAGAGAGGUCUGAACGACGGGGGUGACGGCGCUUCUGAUCGGCAGGCGCGCAUAACGACUUAGUAGGGAAAGCAUGUCUGCCAAGCAUACUUCUGGACCUGAACCUCGCCGCGUGAACCCAGAACGAAAACGAAGGACCAGGCGAUCUGCAGACCCUGCCGCCUCGCCCCCAUACACCACCCAGCCUUCGACCUCCGAACACGUAUCUGCAGCCCAGGCUCCCAUCCCCAGCGAGGAAUUAGCUGGCCAGUCUGCCACUUCCUGGCGAAACCCAGCCAGGAAUAAGUUAUAUGCUAUCACAGAACCUUUUUCAGACCCGGAAAAGGAAAGGAGGAGAAUUAACGCAGUUACAGCCAAGCGAAACCGAGACAAGAAAAAUAUGGAAUUUGAUGGAAUGUGUGACGAGGUUACAAGGCUCAGACACGUGAACAGACAGAGUGCGACGGCAUUCAAGCGCCUCCAUGCGGAAAUACAGAAGCUCAGUGCGGAAUUGCAGACUUCAAAGCAACGCAACGCCUCCUCGGAAGAGAAACUCAGGCAGAAGACGAGGGAGCUCCGAGACCACCGCGAGAAGUUCGCGCUGUUCCGCGGUCACCUCGAGCUCAUCGCCAGCAUCCUUGACGACGCCAACCCGGCCAAGCGGCAGAUCGCAGGCCUUUUGAGAUCGGCGGACGCACCCGCAGCUGCUCUUCCUGAGAUAGCGGCCCAAGUUCAAUAGUGCAUGAUUUUUUUGUCGAAUUUUCUAAUUUACUGUUAUAAAUGUGUGGAGAAAGAGGCAAGCACUCCAUGGCUGUUUGGGAAAGGCAGGCAACCGCUGCCAGUUUGGCUUGUGUUGAACUAGAAGCCAAAUCGUCCUUCAGAACGAUCUUAUCAUGGACGUGUAAACAUCAGAGUGAAAUGUGGAAAGAAAAUGAGCCCUCAUGAGCUUAACUUUUCUCAGAACAGAAGCCGAGUGGCCUCUUUAGUUAAUACCAAACUCCCUUUAUGAUUAUAGCGUACAAAUCUAGCCACAUAAGAUCUGUAACAAGAGUGAGAUAAAUUAACGGAAAUA